AAGGUGUCCCUGCCCGUGGCAGGGGGGCUGGAACUAGAUGGUCUUUAAGGUCCCUUCCAAAUUACACCGUUCUAUGAUUCUACGUACGGUUUCUUGUCAAGCAGCUAAGUUAAAAUGAGAGCAGAGCCUGUAAGAAGUUUUCAGCAUUCUCUUCCCCUCUUUCCUUCAGGCUGCUCUCCAAGCUGCAUGCAAUUCAGGUAAAUAAAUGCUGUACUGGAGGGAGGAGGGAGGAUUUCAGGACAGGCUGCCUGGGUACAGUUUUACUUUCAUGAAAUUAGACAGCUACCAAGCCCGUGGUGUUCUUUACCUUUAACAAGACAUUUUUUUUCCUGGAUGAAAACUAACCUUGUGGCUGCUGAGGACUGUACCUACUAGCAUUGCUGUUUUCUGAACUAUUGAGACCCAGUCGUGAAGCUGUCUGUGCUGUACUGGGGACAAGUGGGACAACUUGUUAAAAGCAGCUGUGUUUUUGUGGUUAGAAAUGAACUUACCUUGACAGGAAACACUUAAAAGCCAGGGUGGCAAAGAGACUGCUUAACCCUCUCAUGCAAGAUUUCUUCAGAAGUGAAGAAGCACAAAAGGAGACGUUCUGUUCUUUGAAAAUAACACGAACCACUGGCAAGAAGCAGCAACACUGUGCAUCAAACAAGGAAACCACUUCCAGAUUAUCAAAACAUGCUGUUGAACUGAAUUCUGCAGCUGCGUUUUCAAAUGUACCAUGGGAUGCAUCAAAUCCAAGGAUGCCUUUCCAGGUUCAAAUGCUAUCCAGGAUGAAAGGAUCGGGGAAGGUAACGAAGGAUGCACUGGGGAGAAAUCAUCACUGAUAGCAGUGAAGGUGGAUGAGAGAAGUCCAUCAAGCACUAUAGUGCUAGACUACGCACACCGUCUCUCCCGGGAGAUUCUUGAUCAGGCGGUGAAACAGUGGGCAGUGACUGAAAGCAAAUACAGCGACAUCCCUUUUAUUGAAAGUGAUGUGCCCUGAGCCCUGACUGGCAAGGACUGUCUUCACAGUGAGUGUCCUGUCUGUUAAGCAGUUUGUAUUUGGUACUAGUGCAAAUAAAGUAAAAUCAGCUGUGAUUUGAGCAUAAUGCCACUAUAUGAAUGUUCGCAAGGAGAGGCUGAAAAAAUUUGCCUUCUAAUCUGUAUUGCUAAGAAACUAAUUGGAUUACAGUAGAAUCUAUUAAUCAAGUGUAAUUUGUUAUUGGCCGUAUGUUGAGUAUAUUCUGCCUUUGUAUGCGUUGAAUGUGAUCAGAAAUUAGUGUUAAAAAAAGAGGAUGAGAAGAAUGUGGCUGCCCUGCAACUGUACAAGCACUGCCACAGAAGCCCCAAAGAUGCUUAACAACAAAGCGUGGAUUAUUUUUAUGUACUGCAUAAAAAAUCACUGGCCAGUCUGUAGGUGAAGAGAGAAGAAUUCUCUAUGCUUGGCAAAUUUGUCCGCGUUUUGCUAAAGUGAAACCAAGGUCUGCAUGUAGCAAAGAAAACUGCUGUCAUAAAUUUUACUUUGAUUCUUUGACCUGACUAAAUCUGUAAACCACAAAAUAAUGAAGGUGAUGAGAAGCAUUCUAUAAAACCAAGCAGUAUUCAGGGAACCAUAUGGAUUAUGAUACUAUUCAACUUCCAUUCUUGAGUGAACCAGUGAAAAACAUUACAAUAUUGAUAAACAGUGCAUUAUAAUUAACAGAUGCUCUGGCUUCUGUAAAUGCAUGAAGGCUAUUCUCGAAGAUCCUGCAGUAAGAUAGUUUAACGACACCUGAUCACUGUGUUCAGAACAAGGCCGUUUGGGUUUUUUUGGUUUGGGGUUUUGGGUUUGGGGUUUUUUUUCUGUUAGGGUGCUGGUUUUGGGGGGGGGUUCUUUUGUGUUUUGUUUUUUUGUUUGUUUUUUUUUUUUUUUACUGUAACCCAGAUAGGUGUCCAAAAACUACUAAGGCUAACUAGUGAAAUGAACCUUCAAGGGCGUAACAAUGUUUUAGGACUAUUUGUUUCAUGGGACCUAUGGCUGCAUUACACUAAAAUUUCACUCUAAAGUAACACCCUUGGGACAGUACACCUUCCUUCAGCUUCUGUAGGCUCAUCGCUUACCUGCUGGUAAAACUGUGUAUGGGGAUGCAAAUAUGAGCUACAGAAACCUAAAGCCUGAGCCAUGCACUGAAUUAGUGAAUAAGCCUUAGGCCCAAAGCUAAAGGGCUACGUUCUUUACCGGUUUGAUCUAGCUUGCAUCCACACGCUGCACCCUGCCUCUCCAGGACUUGCAGCCUGACCUACUGCACUCAUAACUAGCAUUUGAGAUAUCAAGAAAGGCAUAAAUUAAUCAUAGCCAUCUUAAAGCUGUAAUUUUGCUGACAUUUUACACAAAGUGAAUGCCUUGUAAAAGCUUGGGUUUUUAGCACCUGUUUGUUCCUUUUUCUGUUAUAGCCAGUUUAAAAGACAUAGGGUUUUUUUUCCUAGAUCAAAGUGCUUUUCCAUUUUAUGUCUUCAUUUUAUAGAAAAAUGCUUUCUAUACUGGCAAAAACUGUUACUAUUUUUAAAAGGUACACGUAGUUCCAGUGAAUGAUAUAAAGCAUGAUUUUUCAAGCAAUGGGAAACAAGCAGAAAGAGGACCAUGUAAAUCGUUAUUGUUAGCUUAUUCUCAGACAUAAGACAGUCUAUGAAUUGAGCUGUUCUGCAAACUUGCUGACACAAACUUAGUUAUUUGAAGUUCACCUAUAUGGGGAAGUGGUUGUAUCAAAAGCAAAGGGUGAAAAAUGCUUCUUUGUAACACAGCACAAGACUGCCAUUACUUCAGUCACCAGACUAGACCCUGCUAUGAAGACUGUUCUCAGGCUUUUGCUGAAAAAGGGAACAAAAUCUGCUCAUGUUGUAAUGCCUGGUCUAUGAAGUAACAUAGUCUUUGAAGCCACAUGUAAAGUGGGACUAAGGUAUUAUGGCCCAUUUAAAUUCUACUGCUAACAGUGAUGUUCCUUGAAGCUCUAAACUAUGUAAAACAUUAGACCAUACCCUACAUUUGCUCUAUCUAAAAAAACCUCUGCCGUAUACUUGGGUGAAUUAAAAAGCAAAACCGAAACACUGAUUAGAUCAGUACAUAUUAACUGGAUAUUGCUUAACCAUAGUAUUAAAAAAGAUUCCUAUUCUUAUUAUAGCUAAAAUAAAGCUUUAUUA